AUGGAAUGUCCAUCGUGGCUUCUUGAAGAAAUCUGCACAAAUUUUUCAAAUAUGACAGUUCUGAAAUUCAAGCAACUCUGCACGCGAGCUGCUCAUCUGAUUCUCCAUGACAAUGAUGAUACGGUGCUGUCGAAUACUUCAGAGAAAAUCCACACAGUCAACCACUCAAAUCUCGUUUUGAUCGGGGAUUGGUUUCUUCUGAAACCAGCUGGAUAUGACUGUCCAUUAGAGGAUCUUGAAAAAGAGAUUGUUCAACUCGGACUGCCUACAGAACAUGGAAAACAACUUCGAAAAGUUUAUGAAGUUUACAAAAAUGAAUUGAUGGAGAAAGUCAAAAACUCGGUUCACAGAGAGCCCCAUGCUACGGUUCUUGAUUCUUCUGCAACUUCAGUGACUUUCGAAAGUGAUUCUCAAGUUUAUGAUGUAUCGAUGAAUGGAAAUAUGAUGAGCCAAUUCAAAAAUGUGACUCUCGUUGUUAUUUUAAUCGUUAAUUGGUUCUCGCCUCAUUACUAUGACUAUAGCCAGAUUAAAACAAAAGUAUAUUGUGAUAAGAAUGAAGUAGUCGGAAGAAAAUAUAUUAUGUUUCCUAUGGUUUCAAUUGUACUCAAUGGUGGAAUUGGAAAUCAACUAUUUGAAGUAUUUUCGUUACUUGGUUUGGCUCAAAAACUGAAUCGAACUGCAAUUUUCAAUGCUGAUGAUUAUGUUCUUCACUCAAAUCUAGAUCUUCUAAACAAUCAAAUUCCAUCAGUUGCUAACAGAGUGAUUUCAAUUCCUAUCGACAUAUCAGAAACCACAAGAUAUGUAUAUUCUCCUGCAUGCUGUCAUUAUCAGUUUUCAUUCAUUCUCUCUUGUGAACAAACAAAGUUUCUGGUCAUUGAUGGCGGAUACUUUCAGAGUUUCAAAUAUUUUUCCUCAAUAGAAAAUUCUAUUCGACACUGGAUGAAACCUUCCGAAAGAGAGCAAAUUUCACUGAAGAGAUUGAUCAAAAGGAAAGAUGAACUUCGGUGGAAAACCUGCGUUCAUGUUAGACGAGGAGAUUUCCUUUCGGAUGGCCAACAUGCUGGAACUGAUAAGAUGUUCACAAUCAAUGCUAUUGAUCACUUAUACACUCUUCAUUCUGGAUUGGUCUUUAUAUUCAGCAAUGAUCCGAUCUGGGUUCGGAAGGAAAUUGCAGAGCAUUUGGACUAUAAAAGUGAUGUUAAAGUAAUGGAGACAACGAAGACAGAUGCAAUCAAGGAUCUCUAUUUUUCCCAAGUUCAUUGUGAUUCCGUGUUAAUAACAGCUCCAUCUUCUACGUUCGGUUGGUGGAUCGGAUAUCUCUCGAAGAAUCAAUCAAACGUCUACUAUCGUGAUAUCCAAGAAACAGAAGAUACCGUCAAAUACCAAAUGAUCGAAGAAGAUUUCUUCCCUCCAAGUUGGAAUAAGCUAGGAAUGACCAAAAACGGGUUGAUUAUUUCAAAAUAA